GGAUCAACCUGUUGAUUGCUAAGCUAGCUAGCAAUUGUUUUUGUGUGAAAAAUAACAAGGAGGUGUCAAUACAAAGGGCCCAAUUUCAACAAACGUCCCGUCAGCAAGUGCUGUUGUGGACUCCCCUCUCUUCCAGGAGUGAACAGGUUUUUCUGCAUAUCUCUGCCAUCCACUGUGAAUAUUAAGCGAGAAGAGUUCUGACCUCUUUCAAUGAGACAUUGUGAUGGAAUGAUAACAAAUCUGACUGUCUCCUCUCCUCUGUGUUUUUAAAUAUUUAUUUUCCAAUUCUGCCUCUCUCAACCUCUAGAACUCCUUUACCCGUUCACCAUCUGACUCCUUGUUUUAUUUUAUUAUCUCCAUCUCACUAUCCUCUGGCCCCUUGGACUGUGACUGUCACUAUGAAGCUACUUCUGUCUUCAGGCAUGUGUGGCAUGACCCCUUACCAGGGCUCCAUAGUAGGAGGACUCUAUUUUUUGAUGGUGGGCAUCAUGCAAAUGGUCUUUGAGUUUGGCCAUCUGCGCACAGCCAGGGAGAGCACCAACAACGCCACGGGCUCUCUGCUUCUGCCCCAGGUGUCCUUCGAUUACUACUACUCCCUGCUUGUCCUGGGUGGCAUCACCCUACUGCUGACCCUGUGCAUGCUCGGAGCAGUUUGGGCCCAGCAGCACAAGGGCAUCCUGGGCUUUGCGGUCUGGCUGACGCUGUACGACGUGAUUCUGUUGGUGGUCACUUGCCUGCUCCAGAGGCAGAUGCAGGCACUGGGUUUGGAGCUGAGUGUACUGGAGUGGUACGGCGUGAUAUGCAGGGUCAUGGGAGACCCCUUCUGGCUGGCCCUUGUAAUCACACACGGUCUGGAAGUGCAGAUUGAGAGGCAUCGGCUUGGGACACGACAACGCAAAGGCGGGAUUCCAAAGGAGGGGACACAGCUCAAGCUGAAAUUUAAGGCCUUUGACAGCGGGGUUUGAAAUGGAGAGCCUAAUAGACACCGGUCUCUUCAGAUACAAAAAUAAGUUUUGGACAUUUACUUACAUGCAGAAAGUAUAAUACAAGUAUUUUUU